UGGCGUCGAAGAAUUCUCUUGAAAUCUUGGGAAAAGUACAGGGUGCAGCUGUAAAUCAAGUCUCUAAAUCAUAUCUUGGAAGCAAAGGACGACGGCAGUUUAGACAUGGAAAUGAGAAUCCAAAACUGAAAAAUUAUCAGGAAGGGGACAGUGAACAGAGAUGUUAUCGUUGUGGGGGAGGGGGACACUCACCUCAGGAAUGCCGAUUUAAAAAUGAGAAAUGUCAUGCAUGUUCCAAGACAGGGCACAUUUCCAGAGCAUGUCGGAAUAGGAGACAGACUGCCAAGGCCCAGUAUGUGGAAACGGAGGAUCACAAUGUAGACGGUGAAGAUGACCCAUUAGGGGUCUUUACAGUUUACAUGGUAUCCAGUGGGGAUGGAGGCAUUAAAAUUAAUUUGAAAGUAUGUGAUGAGGACAUUAGUAUGAAGUGUUGCACCAGAAUAUGUUUCCGCAUUUACCCAUUGAAAAGUCCAACAUCAGAUUAAAAUCGUACUCAGGAGAAAUCAUUCCCCUUCUUGGCUGCGUUCAGGCACCAGUGCAGUACGGGGACCAGAAAGCUACACUGCCCCUCAUCAUAGUGAAAGGAAACAGGCCGGCUCUGUUUGGUCGAAAUUGGUUGGAAAAGCUAAAGCUGGACUGGAGGAAUAUUUUCACAGUUGAAAAAGGAACGAAACAUGGCGACCCGGAAUUACAAGCAGUGCUGCAGCGCCACUCUGUGGUGUUUUCGGAGAAGGCCGGUGCCAUAGAGGAAUUCAGAGCAAUUAUAAGAAUGCAGCCGAAUGCACAGCCAGUCUUUUGCAAAGCCCGGCCAGUGCCGUAUUCAUUGAAGGAGGCUGUGGAAAAAGAACUGGAUAGGUUAGAAAAAGAGGGAAUAGUUUCCAAAGUGGAUCAUAGUAAAUGGGGGGCCCCGAUCGUAGUUGUACCGAAGGCUGAUAAAUCCAUCCGCAUCUGUGGGGAUUACAAGGUCACAAUAAAUAACCAGCUGGAAGUAGAGACGUACCCUCUGCCCAACACUGAGGAUUUAUUUGCGACCCUAGCAGGAGGGAAGUGGUUCUCAAAGUUAGACCUUUCGCAUGCUUAUCAGCAGUUGAGAUUGGACAAAGACUCUGAAGAGUAUUUAACCAUUAAUACUCACAGAGGACAGUACCGAUACCAUCGUCUUAGCUAUCAGGUUGCCAGCGCACCGUCAAUUUUUCAAUCAGUGAUGGACCAGGUCCUACAAGGGCAAGAAGGGGUGACUUGUUUCCUGGAUGACAUCUUGAUCACAGCCGACACAAAAGCCCUGCACUUAAAAAGGCUGGAGGCAGUGUUGAGCUCUCUUGCACGUUAUGGGGUGAGAGCAAAGUUAGCCAAGUGCAGUUUUCUACAGUCAAGUGUAGAGUAUUUGGGGCAUCGGAUAGAUCAAGAAGGCCUGCACCCUACUCAGCACAAAGUGGAGGCUAUUGUGAAUGCCCCAAAGCCCACAAAUGUCUCGGAGUUACGUGCGUAUUUGGGGCUUUUGAACUAUUAUGGCCGUUUUCUGAGAAACUUGUCUAGUGUGCUACAGCCAUUGCACACUCUGCUUAAAAAAAGAGGAAAAAUGGAGCUGGACGCCUGCAUGUGAAGAAGCCUUCAAGAAGGGUAAAGAGAUGUUACUGAGUAGCACAGUUCUGGUACAUUAUGAUACAGAGAAGCCGUUGAGAUUGGCAUGUGACGCAUCCCCGUACGGGGUGGGGGCAGUCAUUUCGCAUUUGAUGGACAAUGGGGAUGAGACCAGUUGCGUUCGCACCUGGGGAUGAGCGAAAGUAUGCGCAAAUAGAAAAAGAGGCGCUGGCAAUCAUUUAUGGGGUAAAAAAAAUUCACAAGUAUCUUUAUGGACGUAAGUUUACUCUCAUAAAAUAAGGGAUUUUUUUUUUACGACCC